UCCUGUCAAGCUGUGUGUUAUUAAGAGAGUCAGAACACACCUCUCAGAGGUAAUAUUGACACAGGGAGGAGGUGCUGAUCUCUUUCACUAGAAGUAAAGUUUGAAACUAGUCUGAGAGGAUUAGAAAGUUCUCGUCUGUCUUAGCCUGUUGAUUUAUUAUGCCGUCUUCAGAGAUGCUGGGCAGAAUAGCACGUUGAUUCAUCAAAGAUACUGCUUAAAAAAAGGAACAGGUUACCAGAAUGGCAUCUAUUGGACAAAUCAUCUUUGGAAGUAUGAUUUUUCUUAUAGUAGUAAUUUCUGGACUUAUCAUUUUAAUUUUGGCUAUUGCGUUUUCAGUGUCCCAAGGUAUUGUUGUGAGCAGAAGUCCCUCAACUGUGGGGAAUCUUGCAGAGGAUGUGGUCCUGGAUUGCAGGUUCCUUAGCAACAGUGACAAUGUGCAAUUCAGUGAUGUGUCAAUUACUUGGCUGAAAGACUCUCUCAGUGGGGUGGUCUAUGAAUACAAGAAAAAAACACCCCAGCUUCAGAGCCAGAACACACAGUUCAAAAACAGGGCUGAACUGUUCUCAAAUGCUCUAUCAAUGGGCAACGCUUCGCUACUGCUGAGAAAUGUGAAGCUGGAGGAUGAGGGUGUGUAUCGCUGCUCUGUCAGUGCACCAAAAGUCUCAGGGACUGCCAGUGUUAAUCUUAGAGUGGCUGCUUUCUCAGCUCCCACAUAUACUCUACGGUCAAACAGGUCUCUGUUUGCUCAGGCUCAUAAAUGGUUUCCCAAACCAGUGGUUAGAUGGUUGAGUCAGAGUGGGGAGCUUCUAAAAAGCAGCACCCAGUUUACCAACAACUCUGCUGGAAUCAUCCAAGUCGCUAGUGUCCUCGAAGACGGAGUGAAAGAUGAAGACACCUACACCUGUCUUAUCCAGAACAGUCUUGUGGAAGCUAUCUCAGAGGCAACUGUUACAGCAAACAGAGUGACGGAGAGGACAUACUUCGUAUUCAGUGCUGCAUUUACAAAAGUGGCAUCCUUACAUCUUCUGCUCACAGUCAUCCUUAUUCUCUCAGCAAUCCAGUAGACUCUCUCCAAUGGUUGGCU